AUGGAGCUUCUCAUUCAACGUGGCGCAGAGGUGGAUAGGAGUGACUUGACUCGCCGAACUCCAUUAUCUUGGGCAGCAGAGUAUUGCCAACUCAAGGCUGCUAAGCUGCUCAUUGAUUAUGGUGCAGAAAUCAACGCAGAAGACGAUGAAUGGGGAACACCACUCUUCUGGUUGAUGUAUACUGGCCCUGAAGAAGACAUGAUGCAUCAACUAUGUGUACUGAAUUGGUCUCAGUCUCUCGGAAAGUGCCUAUUACUCAAAAAGUGA